AUGCACCAUAUUUUCCAAUUUUAUUGCCACUUUUUAAAUAUUGAAGAAAAAAUAAAUAGUUAAUUAGAUUAAUAUUUUAAUUUCAAAAAUAUCGGAAAAUUACAAAAAGUCUGUAUCGUAUCAACUCUGAUGAAUAAAGAGGAAAUUAGAAGGAUAAAAUAAAGAAAAUAUGAAAUAAUAAGAAAUGAAUUUACAAAUAAUAAAAGUAAAAGUAGAAAUUAAAAAAUUAUCUAAAUUAAUAAAGAAAUUAAGCAAAAUCACAAGCACAAAAUUAAUAAAAAAAAGAAAAAUAAAUCUAAUAAAAAGCUAAAAAGAUAUUUAGUUUUAUUGUUUUAAAUUCAUUAUUAUAUUCAAAAUUAUCACAAUCCAAAAUAAAUAAAAUGUUUUUACUUGAGAUUAAGUUUCAAAUUUGAGAGAUUAGUGCAGUUUGCUAAACAAGAACCUAAGCCUGAUGUACCUUAAUCACCAAUGCUAUUACUCCUUUUUAAAUAUUAAAGAAAAAAUAAAGAGUUAAUAGUUAGUUAGAAGGAUAAAAUGAAGAAAAAAUAUGAAGAAAUAAUAAAAAUAAAAGCAAAAUUUGAAAAUAAAAAAUGA